AUGGGCUACUUGAUGAGGCAGGCGGACAGGGAAGUCUCUGCUCGCGAGGAGCGCAUAUCGCAAGAGAACUUUUCGCAGGAAAAACCGGACUUCCUACAGCUGUGUCUUGAGGCACGAAUGGAUGGAAAACCAUUGAACGCGAUGCAAAAGCGGGCUCACAUCACUUUACUCAUUCAAGCAGGCGCCGACACCACUGGGACCGCGCUCGGCAGCACCCUCCGUUUCCUUCUGACGCAUCCAUCCGUGUUUCGCCGCGUGCGUGCUGAACUGGCAGUUGCUUCCAAGUCGCAGGCACUAAGCACACCCAUCCAAUUUGAAGAGACGAGGGCACACUUGCCCUACUUUGUGGCAUGUAUAAAAGAGUCUCUAAGACUAAAUCCGCCCGCAACCAACUUGUUCGGACGAGUCACGCCGUCUCCGGAUGGUAAAAUAGUGGACGGGACCUGGGUUCCGGCCGGUGCGGAGAUCACAAGCAACGCCUACGUCUCCCAGCGGGAUCCUCACAUGUAUGCUCCGGACCCAGAGGCGUACCGCCCGGAGAGGUGGCUGGAGGACGAGGGGAGCUCGAAGGAACUCAUUAGCGAGAUGGAUGCUUCUGCUUUUGUUUUUGGCGUUGGUCCUCGGGUUUGCCUUGGUAAGGACGUUGCAAUCAUGGAGAUGUAUAAGUUGCUCCCAGAGGUUGUUCGACGGUUCGAUUUUGAGAUGAGGGAGGAAGGUGACUUUGUCGUCGUCGGGGGUAUUGCGUACAACCAACGGUUUGUUGUUCAAUUGAGGCCGCGAGUGGAGUAA